AUGCUCGUACCCGAUACCGGUCUGAGUAACGAGAUCCUAGUCAAGGUCAUCAGUCCCGAAGGGCAGACGUACGUGGCGAACUUCCAAGAGAACACCCUUAUAGAAGAGGUGAAGUUGAAAGCCAUCGGUCAUUUCUAUCCCGACGGAGAAACCAGUUUGGGGCGAUACAAAAUAAUUCGCGUACUCGACGCUAAGACCCUACAUGAGUUCCUGACGCUUUUCCAAGAAGAAAUCACUACACAGGAGGAACUAAUGCUUGUUGAGAGGCGGAUACCGGACGCGGGAGCGCUGUGGGAUCUUGGGGCGGUCAGGGCGCCGCAACAGAGCACUAUAGCGGCAGUCACGGCCUCAUUACCGACCCCACAGAGCACGGUGAGGCAACCUAACCUACAAUCAUUGUUAUCGACAAACGAACUAUCCUUCGAGCUACGAAAGAUCCUGAUAUCCCUCAUCGAAGCCGGCGCAAGACUGGCGGCGGCCGGCCGUAAUUACGAGUCGUCUUUGGCUCAACUCUGCGCGGCUCUGGACCAGCCGAGGAGAGCUCAACAGACCCUGAUUCAAGUGAUUACUCCAGAAGAAAUAGCGGCCCGACUCAGCGAACAACAAUCGCGCGAAGAAGAACCCUCGACCUCUGAGAAAUCGAACGCGAACGACCUAUACGAGCGAGCCGGACAUUUGCAACGGUUUUUGGAGAAGUUUCGAGAAUGGAGGGUCAAGAUCGCCGAUCCUCCUACUCCGGAAGCGAUGGCCGCGUUGAUGGACCUGGGUUUUUCACACGAUGACGCAGAUAGAGCGUUGAGGAACACGGGGUGUAAUGUGGCCGCCGCUGCUUCUUGGCUGGUCGGGGAUAGGGGGUCAAGUGUCUUUGAGUUAGUAGACGGCCUGCCCGAUGGUCCUAUACUGCAAUCUUUACUAAAGCAGCCUCAGAUCCAACGAGGUCUGCUCAAUACGAGGAUGCUGAUAGCUUUCAUAGCCAUGGUCGGUCAAAGCGGAAGCGCGACGCUGUGGCUGAACUCUCCUCACGGGAGUCCGCUGCUGUCUCAAAUCUCGAGAACAUAUCAUUCCGAGAAGUACUGCUCGGCCGUGAAUCAGUUCUCGAACGAGAUGGAGCAGAUUAAUCCGUCGACUUCUAGAAUGUGA